AGAUUUAAUUUCUGUUUUAUCUAAGUUGUCUAGGGGUGCACGAGUACCGUUGGAGUAUAUAAGCUACAGUGAUCGUCACCGGAAAAAGUCAGUCCUGGUCACAAUUGACCGCCAUGAAUGGUAUGCACCUCCUCAGUUAUAUAAACGUGAUGACAGCUCUGGCUUAUGGACGGUGAAACUUGCUUUGCCACCUGAGUCCCCACUUCUAUUCUCUGGCAUCCAUCCAGGCAAACAAGAUUUAUCAAAUCAUACUGUUUCUUCUUGUGCUAAUGAGGGUAGUCCAAAGGAUAAUAAGCCUCAACAAGUCAGCCAAGAAUCAAUGGACGGUGUAACCAAUAUGGAAACUAGUUGUGACGAUGUUACAGAGGGACCAAACAGUCAGGAUGAUUCUGAUGCUGGAACUAAGAAACGCAGGGUGGAAGAAAACUUUUCUGCAGAAGGCAGUUUAAUAACUGACCGCUCUUUAAAUGGACAUAGAGAGGAAAGGUUCGACGACUCCGGCUCCCUAGAGGAUGCAGCUCUAAGAGAUCAAGGUGCUGCACCUGCGGCAGCUAAUGCCUCCGUUGCUGAGCGUGCGAUAGAGCCUACUCUUGUGAUGUUUGAGGUCCACGUACCAUCAUUAUGUAUGCUUGAUGGAGUUCACUCACAGCAUUUUUUUGGAACUGGUGUAAUCAUAUAUCAUUCCCAAAACAUGGGCUUGGUUGCAGUUGACAAAAACACUGUUGCAGUAUCAGUUUCUGAUAUAAUGCUAUCUUUUGCUGCUUUUCCUAUCGAGAUUCCUGGAGAGGUAGUUUUCCUCCAUCCUGUCCAUAAUUUUGCUCUAGUCGCAUAUGAUCCUUCUGCUCUUGGAGCUGCUGCUGCUUCGGCUGUUCGUGCUGCUGAACUUCUUCCUGAUCCCGCUCUUCGUCGUGGAGAUUCAGUAUAUCUUGUGGGAUUGAGCAGAAGUCUGCAGGCAACUUCCAGGAAAUCAAUUGUGACCAACCCUUCUGCUGCUGUGAAUAUUGGAUCUGCUGAUUGUUCACGAUACAGAGCCACAAACAUGGAAGUGAUUGAGCUUGACACGGAUUUUGGAGGUACGUUUUCUGGUGUGCUGACUGAUGAGCGCGGUAGGGUUCAAGCUUUAUGGGGAAGCUUUUCAACACAGCUCAAAUAUGGUUGUAGUUCAUCAGAAGAUCACCAAUUUGUCCGGGGUAUUCCAAUUUAUACCUUAAGCCAAGUCCUUGGCAAGAUUAUUUCCAGUGCCGACGGACCUCCUCGUCUUAUAAAUUGUUUGCAAAGGCCUAUGCCACGAUUAAGAAUAUUAGAAGUUGAACUUUACCCAACUUUGCUUUCCAAAGCUCGGAGUUUCGGACUCAAUGAUACUUGGAUCCAGGCCCUCGUAAAGAAGGACCCUAUGAGACGCCAAGUUUUGCGAGUUAAAGGUUGCUUUGCUGGAUCAAAAGCUGAAAAUUUAUUGGAACAAGGGGACAUGGUCUUAGCAAUUAAUAAAGAGCCAGUUACAUGCUUUCGUGACAUCGAAGAUGCAUGUCAAUCAUUAGACAGGUCUGAUGACAGCGAAGGAAGGCUUAACUUGACAAUUUUUCGUCAGGGCCAUGAAAUUGAACUACUUGUGGGAACAGAUGUGAGGGAUGGAAAUGGAACAACUCGUGCUAUAAAUUGGUGUGGUUCUAUUGUCCAAGAUCCUCAUCCAGCUGUACGUGCACUUGGAUUUCUUCCCGAGGAAGGACACGGAGUAUAUGUAGCAAGGUGGUGUCAUGGAAGUCCAGUACAUCGAUAUGGUCUUUAUGCACUUCAAUGGAUAGUUGAAGUCAAUGGAAAACCAACUCCCACUUUGGAUGCCUUUGUUGACGUGGCGAAGACAAUAGAGCACGGAGAGUUUGUCCGGGUACGAACAGUCCACCUGAAUGGGAAGCCUCGAGUACUUACAUUGAAGCAGGAUUUACAUUACUGGCCAACAUGGGAGCUGAGGUUUGAUCCAGGAACUGCUAUGUGGCGACGCAAAACAAUCAAAGCUUUGGACUCUGGUGUUUUGUGAACUUACUUGGCUGAUUAGGUUUUCCUGUGGGGAGUGCAAAAUUGGGGAACGUGUAGAAAGUUCACCGGCUGCGUUGGUAGUUACUCUAACUUAUUGGAGUUGAAAGUCGCCAUACAUCAAUAUAUGCAAAAUCAUAUAAAGCAGGUAUCUGGCUUUAUAUACUAUUUGUUGUAAAUGACCAUUUAUCAGAUGAAAUUAAUAAGUGGUAGAAUUUUAGACAAGUUAUAAGUGCUAGCGCUAUACAUGUCUUUGUGAAUCAGAGUAUGUAAACCAUGAACUAGGAGGGGACUUUUUGCCACCAGAUUCUUGGUUAUACCCCUUUUUGCCCUCUAGGCUAAAUCCAUUUUUUUUCCUUUUGAAAUCAUUGUGUCAAUUUAGCUGACAGUGUUAGAUCCCAUUUAUGCCAUUGCUAUAAUAUUUUAGAGUUGUAUUCCUUCUUUCUGACA